UAAAAAAAAUUAUAAACGUCAACGGUCAAUCGUUUUGAGGUUAUUUUCGGAUAAUAGAAUAAGAGAAAAAUAAUAAACUAUAAGAUAUUGGAUCGUGAGACCUAAGAAACUAAGAACUAUAAAAAUAAACUUAUUUAUUAUUGGAACUACCGCUGUGCGUUAAAACUUGUUUUAAUUUUAAAGUUAUUUGAUUUAAUGAAUCAUGGCCGAGGAAGUAAAAAACGAAUCCAAAAAACCUAUGACCGACGAAGAAAGGUUAGCCUUAUGUGAAAAAAUGGACAAAGAGCUUGACGAUUUUAUAAAUAGUUUGGAGAGGAAGAGAUACACAGAAGGAUGGGCGGAGGACAAAUGGGAGGAGGAAAUGGACAAGCAUCCUUUUUUCAUGAAGCAAACACCUGAUAACGGAGAGCUGUCUCCGCUUGCGGAAGGUUUAGCUAAACUGAAAUACGAUCCUGAAGAGAACACACCUUUGGAACUGGCCACUAAUUAUAAGGAGGACGGCAACUUUAACUUUAAGCAUAAAAAUUAUAGAUUAGCUAUAUUAGGAUACACAGAAGGCAUAAAACAAAAGUGUGAUGAUGCAGAAAUAAACGCAAGUUUGUACAAUAACAGGGCCGCUGCGCAUUGGCAUUUAAAGAACUACAGAUCUGCUUUGUAUGAUAGUGAAAAAGCUCUUUCUUUCAACCCUAGUCAUAGCAAAGCCAGGCUCCGUGCUGCUAAAGCAGCUCUUGAGGUGGCAAAGUAUGAUACAUGUAUAGGACAUUGUCAGAAGCUGCUGGAAGAUAAAAGUGAUAAGGAGAUUACAGAAUUGCUCAAUAGUGCCAAAAAGAAGAAAUUGGUUAUGGAGCGUGAUCAAAGAAAACAGGCCCGAAUCAAUGCCAAGAAAGAAGAGCAAAAAGACACUGUCAUCCAAGCAAUCAUUGAACGUGGUAUCAAGCUAUCCAAUUGUGAUGAUGAGGAUGACAUAGACUUAUCGAAACUAGAGCCUAGCCUACCCGGGGCUCAAGAUGCUAUAGUAAAUUUAGAAAACGGGAUUUUAAGAUGGCCAAUACUGUUACUGUAUCCAGAAUAUCAAAUGACAGAUUUUGUAAGAGCAUGCCCAGAGAAUGUUCCCUUAUUAAGCCAGCUGGAACAGUUAUUCCCCGCACCAUGGGAUGAGGAGAAUAAAUACAGUUGUAGGACUGUUAAUGUGUAUUAUGAGGGUCGUGACAAGAUGCCACAUAUAGUGGACCCGUUGAAGAACUUAGGUGAUUUGUUGGUGAUGAAGUAUUUUGUAUUGAAGGCAGGGACGCCUGCGUUCUUCGUGCUGCCUCGUGGAAGUAAGGUCGAGCGACGGUUCUUGGAGAGUUAUAUAUAAUUUGUUAAUAAAACAGUUGUUUAUGGA